UUAAGGCAAACUAGCCAAAUGCAUAGAAUGUGAGCAAGAAGCUCUUCCCUUAUCUCUUCACCAAGAAGCAAAAGCAUUUCCAGUUCCAACACAACAACAAUGGUGGCGGGAACUGCAACCAUGAGGCUGAGUCUCUCAGCUUCGUCUUCAUCUUUGCGUUUUGCUUCCUCCUCCUACUCUUCAUUCCCAUCAAACCCAUCUCUUCUUCCAAUGCGAAACCCUUCUUCCAAACCCCGAUUUUUCAAGAUUUACGCCUUGACCAGCAAUGACAUCAAGGUCGGUUCCAACGUUGAAGUCGACGGUGCCCCUUGGCGUGUCCUAGAGUUUCUUCAUGUGAAACCCGGAAAAGGUGCAGCUUUUGUGAGGACCAAGCUCAAGAAUUAUCUUACAGGGAAUACAGUUGAUAAAACCUUCAGAGCUGGAAGCUCGAUUGAACAAGCAGAUAUUCUCAAGGAAACAAAGCAGUUCACAUAUAAAGAUGGUUCUCAAUUUGUCUUCAUGGACUUGAAUUCAUACGAGGAGGUUCGUCUGGAUGAAAAAGAUAUUGGAGACAGAACAAAGUGGCUGAAAGAGGGAAUGGACUGCAGUAUACUGUUAUGGAAUGGAAAAGUUAUUGAUAUUGAUCUCCCUAUCACAGUCAAGCUUACUGUAGUCGAUGUUGAUCCUGGACUUAAGGGUGACACAGCUCAAGGUGGAUCAAAGCCAGCCACUCUUGACACUGGUGCUGUUGUCAACGUCCCACUCUUUGUAAAUGUAGGUGAUGAAAUACUGGUUGAUACAAGAAAUGGGGUGUACAUGAGUCGGGCUUAGGACUUCACAUCCAGUUUUGUAGUCAAAGUCUUAAGAAUUGUGAAACCUUUUGUUCCUUUUUGUAAGCAUAAUUUACUAAUGGAGAAUUAAAUUGAUAACUCGUAGCAUAUUAAUAUCAAGCUUAGCUAAUCGGCUAUGUACCUUGCAAUAUUGAGGUAAAAUUGUAUUGUAAAGGCUCUUGCAGCAUUAUUCUUCAGCA